GUCAGAGUUCUCUCUUUUGGUCCUGCCUACCCCAAAUUUAAGCGUCCAAACUGGUGUUUUUGUGCCCUUUUGUGCGUCAUCCCUCCCUCCCACACAUGUGCACGUCUCUGGUUGUGUGUUUCUUAUCUUCCCUCUGACUUGUGUGUGACCUCUGACCUCUUGAUUUGUGUUGUGUUGUGUGUCAGGGCGAGGAUCAGCCACAGCGGCUCGGUGAAGCUCAGCAUUUACAUGACGGUCUACACCAUCACAUAUGUCAUUCUCUUCAUCUACGAGGCAGAGUUCUUUGACCCAGGUGAAGUGCUGUACGCCUACGACAGCCCCGCAGGUUACGGACUGAUGGGCCUGCAGCUGCUGGCCUACGUGUGGUUCUGCUACGCCGUGCUGGUCUCCCUGAAACACUAUCCAGAGAAACAGCCCUUCUACGUCCCUUUCUUCACCACGUAUACACUAUGGUUCUUCGCGGUGCCUGUUAUGGCUCUGAUCGCCAACUACGGGAUUCCUCGCUGGGCCCGGGAGAAGAUCGUCAAUGGGAUUCAGCUCGGCAUCCACCUCUACGCCCACAUCGUCUUCCUAGUUAUCACAAGGCCCUCGGCAGCCAAUAAGAACUUCCCGUAUCAUGUUCGAACAUCUCAGAUCGGGAUCCUGUUGUCCAGUCCUAAGGGUGGUGAGGGGGCAGAGAGUUUCCCCCAUCAUGCUUAUGGAAACAGCUCCUUCCUGGGAGAUUCACAACCAAACUUCACUGAACUCUUCUCCAUCCAAUCA